AUGGAUUCCGUGCUACGGGGUCGCUACCAGGGGAAGCUGUUACACCAUGCAGUGCGUCUAUAUGAGACUUUGCCUCCUCCCCGCCGCUUGUCUGUUGUUAUCCUGGUACCUCCUCAGCCCGUAGGUAGUUCGACUAUAUCAGAGAGGCGCCCUGGUUCACACACUGUUGUUACUCCUGCGACUGUAUCUCCUGGUCCUAAUGGGUCGGCUGCUGAUGAUGUGGUUAAUAGUAAGGUUGGGACAGUGACCACCGCCCGCCGGAUUGCCGGAAAAAGGAAGGCGGUGCAGCCGAUGAGUGGGUUGUUCGGGGCCCAUUGCCUGAGGGUUGUCCGGGGCCCAUUGGUCGGCGGGUGA